AUGAAAUCUAAGCAGGUCAAGUCUAGUGGGUACACAGUUUUUCUAAGUGGAGCAGUAAAAGCAGAAGGCAUCUUUAAUCUGAAUGCUUCUUUGGGUCUUAAUUAUUCAAUGAAAAUUGAAAUGCUUCGAUGGAAUAUAUCAAUAUGGCAAAAAUUUUUCAAGUUUGGCAUAAAUAAAGGAUUGGUUAUCAAGCACCUUAUUGAAGUGUUACCACCCGAAUUUUGUCGCUUUAUCAUUUUUAAUCAUUUAGAAUCGUUGGAGAAAAGAAGACAAAAUGCGGGCCAUCUAUUUAUAGCAGGAAUUCUAAAUGGUACGAUUGACAGUAAUGAAUUGUUGUCUGCACUUAACAUCAAUACCUCAAUGAUGACAUCAAGAACGGCUCCACUCUUGCGGGAUUUAUCAAGACACAAAACGGACUACGGCAGAAACAAUCCAUUGUCAAGAAUGGCUAGAGAGUUCAAAGAAGUACAAAGUCAUUUUGAAUUCCAUCGUAAGAAAGAAGACUCCAAAAAUAAGUUAAAAUUAAAUUGA